AUGUCAUCAUCAUUGUCAUUGUGUUCGAUUUGCAAUCAAUCAGAGAGUAAAUACGGUUGUACUCAAUGUAAAGCAAUUAGAUAUUGUUCUUUGAAUUGUUACAAUAAACAUAAAAUAGAUACUGAUAAUCAUAGCAAUAACAACAACAACAACAACAACAAUAAUAUCUUGAAAUCAAAUAGUAACGAUAAUAGUUUAAACAAAGUAGAAACAACGACAACAACAUCAGUAUCAUUUUAUAAAAAAGUAUCUGAAGAACAAUUCAAUUUGUUGGACGAAUCUAAAUAUAUACAAGAUGCAAUCGAUCAUAAAGAAUUGAAGAGUUUGAUCUUGGAGAUUGAUAGUGUCGACGAUGAAUCACAGAAAAUACUUUUAUUAAAUAAAUACAGAGAUACCAUUCCAGAGUUUAAUCAAUUCGUUUUAAAGAUGCUAGCUACCAUUGGUACAUUGGAUAACUUGACCGUCAACGAGACUGGUGAACUAAUUCCUAAAGACGCAUAA